AUGUUAAAAACAUUUCUCGAUAUUCCAUAUCUCAAAUUAAUAAAAUUACUGGAAAUGGAUCAAGCAACCAAAGAAAUAUUUGAAAAAUUUUUUCAAGUAUUGCUUGAUAAUGAUUUAGUAAAGGUGAAGAAUGAUAUUGAACAAACAAAAGAAGAAGAAGCAUGGAUCGUUUGCUAUCCAUUGAUUCCAGAAUUACUUAAAUACAACACGGAUUUACAUCAGUUUGUACAAAAAGCUAUGGUAUUAUUAAAUAUUGACCAAAAUGUGAAAUCUAAUCUUCAUGAUAUAUUUCAACGAAUAAUUGUCGAAUUGGAAUACUUAAAAUAUCGUUUUGCAGCACAACAAAGGAUUAUCGACAGUCAUGAAAAAAGAAUAAAUGAACUUGAAAAUGAUAUGAAACUACAACAAGCAAGAAUGAUGGCUUUUGAUAUCGUCAAAUUAUUUCAAUAUUACUAUAUCGAUGACAUACUUAAAGGUUCUCCAUUCUCAACCUGGAAGUCGUUUACCGAUGAAUGGGCUAAACGAGAAAGUGCUGUCUUGCAGAAUAUGAUAGCCAAUAGUAAUACGAUUAACAAUAAUGAUCCAACAAUAAUCGAUAAGGUUCAACAAGAUCCAUUCAUCCGUCAACUCGUUGAACCUGUUGAACGUGAAUUAUCACAGCAAUGGAAACUUAAUUUGAAGCUCAGAACAAUUCGUGAUAUUGCCAAUGAGAGACAUGAAGUUGCACAUGAUCCUAUUAAGACGGACAUGGACCAACGAUGUUUUUUGGUGAAAUGCAAUAAUUUUACAUUUCCUGCAGAAUACCAAUAUACCACAGAUAUUAAAAAAAUAAUUAAUGUUUUAAAUGGAACGAAACUUAAACGAUAUUAAAACAGUUUAUAUGAAGCUUAUUGGGAUGUAACAGAAGAUGCAUUAAAUGAUUUAGCUCAAUUUUUAUUUAAUACAUCAAUUAAUAAAGAUGUCGAUGAUUAUUUAUAUGAAGCUAAAUGUCAAUUAUUAAUGUAUUCAGCAAUUGCAAUAAUUAAAAUGAAUACUAUUAGACGUCGAUCAAUACAUGAUGCGAAAAUGGCAUGUGCAACAAUAUGUUUAUUAUUAUUAGAACGAAUUCAAUGGUUAUCAACUCUAUCGAAAAUACAAAUAAAUAAUAUACAAACAAAUUAUGAACGAUAUUUAUUUUCAACAAUUUCAUUAUCAGAUAAAAUAAAUAAUUUUAUUGAUAAAAAUUUAUUUGAUAAUAAUCUUAAUGAUGAUGAUGUAACAUCGAGUGAUUUUGUAUUUGUUCGACAUUUUCCAAUAUUUAAUGAAGAUAUUAUUGAUAAAUAUAAUGAUUUAAUGUAUAUGGGUUUUGUUAGUACAUUAAAUCAAUUUAAAAAUAAUCUUGUACGAAAAUUAAUUUGUUAUAUAUGGACAUUAUGUUGUAUGAUUGAAUCAAAUCGAAUAUCACUUGGAAUUAUAAGUUCUAGUACAAUACGUGAACAUUUUUCACUAUCACCAAUUGAUUUUGAACAAAAACCAAUUAAAAUUGAAUCAUUAAAUGAACGAGAUAUUAUUGUCUUUCUUCUAUUAUGUGCUCAACAAAAUUUACAUUUACAUGAUAAUGAUUCAAUUUUACAUCCAUAUUUACUUUUUUCAUUAUCUCAUCUAUGUACACAAGAACAAAAAAAUUGGUGGCAAACAGCUAUGGAACAAAGUUCAUCGAAUGAAUUUAUUGAUCAUCUUGCUACAAUACGUCUCAAUGAUGAACGAAUAUCUCAACAUCCACCAAAACUGAUCAUACUUGAAACUGCUCGAAUUCUUUUAAAAUCGGCUAAAAAUCUUUAUGAACAACAUGCAACACGUGCUGCAUCAUCUUAUGAACAAUAUGCAAUACGAUAUCUUCAAGUAGCUAAAAGAAAUCAAAAUAAUCAGGGAUUAUCCGAUUCACUUAAUAAAACAAAUAUGCCGGUAAAUAAACAAGAUAAAUUAUUUUUCUUCUAUUCUCAAAAAACAAUAAAUACUAAUCAAAAAUAUAUUGAACAAUUAAUUGAAGAAUGUGAAAAACUUCCUCAAAAAUGUGAUGAAUUAAAAUCAUUACCUGAACCAGAAUCACCAAGAACAUCAAGUCCAACCAUAGAACAACGAAAAGACAUUGAUAUCUCGGCUGCUUUGAGUCCAGUUGUUGUUGAAAAAGAAGAACGACAGCAUUCAGAAAUUACAGAUUCAACAUUAUUUACAACACCACCAUCAAUUAAAACACAUGAUGUUGAUGUACAAACAUUUCUACAAUUUCCAUUAUCACCUCCACCAAUUGUUACAAUGGUACCAAUUGAAGAAAUAAUAGAAGCAUCAUCUGAACCACCAUUACCAUUCUAUGCUGAUAUGAUAUUUUCUCAUAUGAAUAAUGUUAAUCAAUGGAUAAAUAAAUUUUGUCUUGAUCAUGAAAUAAUUCAAAAUGAUAUAAAUAUAAUAAGAGAUCGUCUUGAAAAAAUUAAUCGUGUAACUAGUCAAAUGAUGUUUUCAAAUAUGAAAAUAUCAUCAUCAUCAGCAGCAGCAUUAGAAACAAAUGAAAAUUCUAGUGGAUUUUAUUCAUCACAUCAAACAUAA